AUGGGCGGGUCGCUAGGCAAGCCCGUUGUGCUGAGCCGGCACCACCGCAUCUCGCCCGCGCCGCGCAAGAAGGUGCCCUUUGAGAAGGGCUUCAGCCAGAUGGACUGGGUGCGGCUGACACAGACGCACCCAGACCUGGCGGGGCUGGGGGGGCAGCGGCCGCGGCGUGGCAUCACCAUGGAAGAAGUGGCGCGGCACAACACGCGAGACGACGCGUGGACCGUGUUGCGCGGCAGGGUGUACAACAUCACACACUACCUGGGCUUCCACCCCGGCGGCGUGCCGCUCCUGCUCAAGGUGGCCGGCAAGGACGGCACCGCGCUCUUCAACAAGCACCACGCCUGGGUGAACGACGACUUCCUGCUAGCCAAGUGCCUGGUGGGGCUGGUGGCGCCGCCCAGCACGGCAGCAGCUCCAGCUCCAGGCGGCGGCGGCGACCACGCGGCGGCGGCAGCACCCGUGGCGGCGGGAGGCAGCAACAGCAGCAGCAGCACCGACCUGCAGGCGGCGGGGCUGGAGCAGCAGCGGCAGCAGCAGCGGCAGCAGCAGGAGCAGGGGGAGCAGGAGGAGGAGGAUGGCGAGGAGCAGGGCGCUGCCACCGCCAGCCUCUAGCGCCUGCCUCGCGUGCACCGUCCCAGCACUCGGUUGUAUUGAUGUAGCCCACAAUACCCCGCGAUGUGUACCUUUUGCCGGUUACCUUUCUUCUCUCAUGUCAUCCGAUGCCAUUCCGUCCUAUUUUCCCUCGCGCUCGCUCUCCCUCCCGCUCGCGCUCCCCACCCGACGCUCCCCGCUCCACUCCGUUCCCUUCUGCUGCCAAGCAACCAUGUUUCUCAUCUCAUCAUGUUCAUUCUUUCCACAUUA